AUGGAAGACGGGGCACAGGGGAAGAGUAGCAUGGUUGGGUUGGGGGAACAGCAGAACGCCGCGCCGCAAACCGCACAGGCUGUGCGCGCGCAAGGCACCCCGUCCACGGAGUCGGAGGACGCCUCAUCAUCGUUUUCGGAAUCUUCUGCGCUAGCUUCCGUCCCCAACGCACUGAAUCCACCGGUGAGGCCAGGGCUUCACGAAACGGUAGCGAGCGAAACAGAAGCUGUCUCUAAAGAGUUGAAAGAGGGCCUGGUAGACCCUGCGCAAGUACAAGGCAGCGAGCGCACUGACGUGAAUGGCAAGCCCACUGGCCAAAGCCACGCAGCGGAAAACCACGGCAACCAGAGCGACAUAACCAACCAGUUGCAGGCCGCAGACCCCAACAUCGGGACGGCAAAGACGAGGACGCCGAGCGUGGCGCCCGUGCUUCCGGACGGCUCCACACCCGAGGAGCACAGCGGGAUUUCGUUGCGCCCCCGUCCCAAGCGCGCUGCAGCACCGUCGUUACCGAACAAGCCGGUGUCGACCUCUAAGAAGGACGCAGGGGAGCAGAGCACGCUAUCCGCGGACUUUGUCCCGGCUGACCGGGAAGAACGAGCGAAACUGCACGACGAACUUCUCCAACGUAUGGAAGCGCUCCAAGAGGAGCGACGGCGGAUUAUCGAUAUCCACAGCCGCCAAAUUAUGGCAGCUGUGCUGGCUCGGCACCAAGCCGGCGCAGUAUACAUGCCUACUGAUUCUGAUACCAACCGCUCGAAAGGCAAAACGUCCUCAUUCGACACAGCGGUUCAGCAGAAUGAAGGUGCGCAUUCUCAAGUGCACUCGACCGAUGCUGCCUCAGAGGGGCCGCGUCCCAGUACAGGAGGCCAAGGAGUCGUUGGUGGAACCCUGGGCUCUCCGACAAUAUCCUCAUCGGGACGAUUGCGCACCCCGAGUCAGCGGUUUUCGCAACAACCAGGCGAGCGGCUCGAUGGUACGACGAUUUUGCGACGGUUCCCUCAAAUGCGAUUCUGUGCUCGGGUCCUCAAAGAAAUUAUGAAAAUGAAAGAGGCGCGUGCUUUUCUGCUUCCAGUUGAUAAGCUCUGGAAUCCGGAUGCCAUCCCGGACUAUUUCGAGAUCAUUAAGCAGCCCAUGGAUUUGGGGACAGUUCGCCAAAAGUUAGAGAGCGGCGAGUACGGCACCGAUCCGGAGGCUUUUCGACGGGACGUCCGUCUCGUUUGGUCGAAUGCUAUGACUUACAACCCCCCAGACUCGGAGUAUUAUAACAUCGCCAAAAUGCUGAACGAAGCAUUCGAACGCAAAAUGCAGUUUUUGCCACCGCCCGGAGAAAUACAGUCAACGCACAGUACGAGUCACCAUGCCGUCUCACAAGCUGCAGCCAGGAAACGACAGCGCGGCUUGGCAGCGGCUUUUCGGCAAGGCAGCCAUGCGGCAAAGGCGCGACGAGGAGGAGUUGAUAGCGCACUCGCACGCAACACAGAACGCAGACGGCGUUCGACCGGCCGAAAUGCUUCCCAAAGACCGUACACUGGCGAGGCCCCAGGAUAUGGAUCCUACGUUAGCGGAGCCAACGAGCGGGGCCCUCAUGAAGGCACGCCCGUGCGUCGAUCUAGGAAGCGAAUGGAUCCAUUCGAGCGAGUUCGAGAGCUCGAGCAGCGACUGGCCGCCUUGCAGAAAGAGAAACGCGAAGCCGAAGCGUUGCUAUCAACGGCGUCGACAAGCGGACGCGGUGUCGCCGCAUCUCCUCCGGUUUCCGCGGGCGGCUUACCGAGCCGCGAUGCUAUUGCGAGUCUCGCCAAAGUGCCAGUCACUCAACAGGAAAUGGCGCAGUUGGCUGAAGACAUAGGACGCCUCGAUGGCCAGCAGCUGCGUCGUCUUGUCGAGCUAUUCGGUUCUCGACCCGGUCUCUUGACGCGCGCGAGCUCCGGCGAGUAUGAAAUGAAUAUUCAACAGGCCAGCAAUGAGACUUUGCGUGAGUUGCAGGCGUUCUGUAAUGAAUGCUUGCGCCCUGUCGGUCGAGACCUGGAUCCGCUGCGAACGAUGAGCCCUACGGCAGCGGGUGCACGCGUCGCGUCGAUCAACCGAAUGCUGCUCAAGUUGAAUCACGAACUGGAGCGCGCCCGGAAAGCUGCAGCAAACGCGCAACGGCAACGGGACGUGGAGCACCUUGGUGCAGCGUCCUCUCCGUAUUUCGCCGCUGGUAGUACCGAGGGGCGUACGCUCUACAACGGCGCUGGAGUACCGGCUUCGGGGCACCCGUCCACGAUGCCGUAUGCCCAGAGUGGUGGACUCGAAGCGCCAUACCCUGCAGCAACAGCAACAACCGCUCUGGACGGAGGUAGUUCGAUGAGUAUCCAUGACCAUGCAAACGCCAUGAUGCCCGCCACUCCCCAGUAUGAAAUGAACGGGAGCGAUGAAAGUUCUACGGAGCAGUCGCUCACCAGCGAUGGGGACGAAUACUAG